AUGUCGGAUGAGUCUGUCUCACAUGCAUUAUUCUACUGCCGGAGCAUUAGAAGAGUCUGGAAAGGUACGCAAUUUUAUCAUUACAUUUUUACUCAUUCUUCUGAGAUUUUGUUCCAUGACAUUGCUGAUAUGAUAUAUACAUCUCUAACCAAAAAAGACGUCGAGUUGUUUCUUUGUACUGCUUGGUUUGUUUGGUUCAACAGGAACAAAGCCCUUAAAAGUCAAGCACCCGACCCUGAUCAUGCAAUCCUCAACUUGGCUCAAAGCUUUCUGGAAGACUACCAAUCCUCUCAGCAGACUAUUGCGUCUUCCUCCCGCCUUGGUCAGAUAGUGGUUCAACCGUCUUGGUCCCCCCCAGCUGCAGGUCUUCUCAAGCUAAACGUGGAUGCAGCAGUUUCCAAGGUCUACCGCAAAGCGGGUUUCAGAGGUAUCAUUAGAAACAGCGAAGGUUUGGUGGUCGCUGCCCUGGCCCAGCCACACUUCGGAGGAGGAUCGGUCCCUACCCUAGAAGCAAAAUCCCUCCUCUCUAUGCUUCAUUGGUGCCUUACAGAGCAUUUUUUUGUCCAUGAGGUGGAAACGGAUUGCAAAGCCAUUACUGAUGCUUUCUCCCGCCACAAAGAAGAUAUUUCGGUGUUUGGUGACCUUAUUCGUCAAAUCAAGAAUACUUUGUUUCAGUUCCCUGCUGCUCGGCUAUCUCACGUCCGCCGCGAGGCUAACACCCUGGCUGAUAAACUUGCGCACCGAGCUCUAGGGUUAGAUGAAGUAGCCAUUUGGAUUGGUGAUGACCCCUGUAGGAGACAAUCCUGGGAAAGGAAAGCGACCUAUUGGAGACAAAGAGCGAGGAUUUCUUGGCUCAAAGAUGGGGACAAGUGCUCUAAAUUUUUCUUUCUGUCGGCUACUAUCAAAGACAACGGGCAUCCUUAUGACUGCAGUGGUUUAUUUCAAGAGAGAAUUUCUUCAGAAGAGGCAGAGAAUCUGCUUGACUGCCCUAGUGCUGAUGAGAUCAAAAGAACCCUGUUUGCCAUGAAUAAGCAUAAGGCCCCUGGGCCUGAUGGGAUGUCAGUUCUGUUCUACAAGCAUUAUUGGGAUUCUGUUAGCGCUGAUUUUUGUGAGGCGGUGUCAGACUUUUUUAUAACUGGGCAUAAAACCCAACAAGGCAUUAAUGCUACCAACAUUGUUCUCAUUCCGAAGGUUCAAAACCCGAAAAGAACCAGUCAUUUCAGACCCAUCUCUCUCUGCAAUGUCGUGUAUAAGGUUAUUUCCAAGAUCCUGGCGAACAGAAUAAAACCUCUGUUACCUUCCUUCAUCUGUCCUACCCAAGCUGCGUUUGUGCCCGGAAGAAACAUUCAUGACAACAACGUCAUUGUUCAAGAAGUUAUUCAUUCUUUUGGUCGGAAGAAAGGUAAGGAAGGUUUUUUUGCGAUCAAGAUUGAUCUUGUCAAGGCUUAUGAUCGGCUGAGCUGGCGUUUUGUUGACCAUGUGUUGGAGUGCUGUGGGAUCCCUGUCAGAUUCCGUAAUUGGGUCUCGCAAUGCAUAUCUACCACUUCUUUAAAUAUCUGCCUGAAUGGGGGUCAGGUUGGAAAAAUUAUCCCUUCGUGUGGCCUUCGUCAAGGUGACCCCCUUUCGCCCUAUCUGUUCAUUUGGGCAGCGGAAGUGCUUUCGAGGCUAUUACAUGACGCCUUGACUCAGGGGAGCAUUCAAGGCAUAAAGCUAAGUAGGGGUGGUCCAAUCCUCUCCCACAUCUUCUUUGCGGAUGAUCUAAUUCUGAUGGGUAGAGCCAAUUUGAAUGAAGUUAGGGGUUUCUGGAGUUGCCUUGAAAAAUUCUGUCUGUGGUCCGGUCAACAGGUUAAUAAGUUAAAAACCUCUAUUUUCUUCAGUAACAAUACCUCGUCAAACAUGAGGAAAGAGAUAAAAGAAUUGUUGGGGAUUAAUUCACCUGAAGGGUGCAUCAAGUAUUUAGGCUUGCCCCUGUUCCGGUCGAGACAAAAGGACGCCGACUUUAACUUCAUUCUUGAUAAUCUCACUUCAAAGCUGCAGGGAUGGAAGGCAAAGGUUUUGUCAAAGGCGGGCAGGGCCACUCUGAUUAAAUCAGUGGGCCUCUCGAUGCCAAUGUAUGCUAUGCAGACCACCAAACUCUCUAAUCGUAUGGUCAACCGUAUCGAUGGUCUGGUUAGGGAUUUCUGGUGGGGUUUUGAAAAAGGAAAUCAUGGGCUCCAUUUAAAAGCUUGGGACAAGUUGUGUCUUCCUAAAUCUCUUGGUGGUCUCGGUUUUCGGAAAACUAGAGAAAUGAAUCAGGCGUUUCUGGCAAAGUGGGGAUGGCAUAUCCUUACUGGUAGCCAAUCGCUGUGCUGCAGAGUUUUGACGGCAAAAUACUUAAAAGGGAAGGAUUUCCUAAAAUAUAAAUAUAAAAACUCUGACUCUUGGUUCUGGAAAAGUGUUGUGAAGGCUAACUCGAUUUUAAAGAGAGGUGCUUGUAAACAGGUGGCUAACGGAGAGAAUACAGCUAUCUGGGAGGACCCCUGGAUUCCUCAUUAUAAAGGUUUUUGUCCAAAACCCACCAGGGAAGGCGCAACCAAUCUCAACCGAGUGUCUGACCUGUUACUUUCUAAUGGUCACUGGGACGUAAACAAGCUGAAGGAAAGCUUUGAUCAUGAAACUGUGAAAGCCAUCUUGAAAGGGGGCCACCCCUCUGGGAAUGGAACUGAUAGAUGGAUAUGGACUCAAACAAGUAAUGGAAUGUUCUCUUGUAAGUCGGCUUAUCUUGUUCAAGCUUUGGAUAGAGCCCCCCAGUGCGAGGUAGCUCCGAAUCUCUGGAACAAGCUCUGGAAUAGCAAAAUCCUGGAAAGACACAAGGUCCUGUGGUGGUGUAUUCUGUCAAAUGCGCUUCCUACAAGAUCAGUGAUCAAUAAAAGAUUCCACAUUGAGGAUACUACUUGUCCUCUCUGCGGAUCAAGGGAAGAAACUAUGGAACACCUUUUCCUUUCUUGUGAUGUGGCCUUUCAUCUCUGGCGUUCUUCUCCUUGGGGUUUUUAUCCCAUUUGUGAUACAGGAAUCAGAAUCUGGGACUGGGUCAAGUUCAUCUGGGAUCUAAACCGUAGAGGAGUUCGAGUGGAGGAUGCUUUCUUGUACGCCUCCAUAAUCGUGGAUACAAUCUGGAGGGUGCGGAAUGACAAAGUUCACAAUAAUUGUCUUGUUGAUGUGAAAAAAUGUGUUGAUGAUAUAUGUUUUGUCUAUGCUGAUUUACAUGAUUCUUUGUUACCUAGUCCUACUUCUCAUCUAAAGGAAGUUUGGUCCCCUCCCCCACGGGAUUGGAUUAAGCUGAAUUGCGAUGUAAAAGUGGGGUUUGACAAUAUGUGUGUUGCAGUUGUCGCCAGGAACCAUCUCGGAGAUGUGGUUAAAGUUCAGACGGCUCGGGUGGAUUUCUCUGAUGCUCUUUGCGGAGAAGCUGAGGCGUGCUGUUUAGCGGUUUCGACUGCAUUAGAGAUGGGUUACAAGUUUAUUAUAGUUGAGAAUGACUCGAGGGUGGUGAUCAAUGCAUUCAAUGGGUUGGAUUCUCGUUGGGCGCUUGAAAAUUACGUCUCAUUUUGUACUAAGUCUUCUCAAUCGUUUAUUAGCUGUAAUUUUUCUUUUAUUAAUCGAACAUGUAACUUUGCCGCUCACAAUGUGGCUAGAUGGGCCUUUGCUCAUCAUAUGUUUGGAUCUAUCCCGGUCUCUAUGUUACCGGAGAACCUGUUAUGUAACGACCAUGAGGUCUAG